AUGAAGAUCGCCGCCAUUUUUGUCAGUGCGUUCUGCGCCGCUGCGCUCGGUAUCCCCCUCGAUCAUGUCCAGCACGAGAAGCGCGAGGCUCACCCUCUCCUCCGCAAGUCUACCGAAGCUGUUGAUGGCAGUGCCACGAUCCCUGCCCGCAUUGCUUUGAAGCAGCGCAACCUAGAGCAUGGUAUGGAACUUCUUCUGGCUGUUUCGGACCCUGCUUCCCCCAACUACGGCAAGCAUUACACCUCCGACGAGGUGACCGAGCUCUUUGCUCCUGAUGCCGACUCCAUCAACAAGGUCACUCAGUGGCUCAAGCAGGCUGGUAUCGAUAACGUCUCCGUGCCCAAGAGCAGAGGAUUUGUUGACUUCAAGACCACAACCGACAAGCUCGAGUCGCUCCUGCAGACAAAGUACCACAUCUAUGACCAAGCCAACACCGGCUCUCAGCAGCUCGGAGCAGACGCUUAUCACCUCCCUCGUGCUAUCUCCGACGUCGUCGACUUUGUUGCUCCUGGCAUCGUUACAGACACCAUUCGGAAGAGGGACGACACCCCUCACAGACCCUCUCAUUUCAAGCCGUACCCCUCAGGAAAGGAGUCUACGGACUGUGACACCGUCAUUACACCCCAGUGUAUUGCCGACAAGUACAAGAUCCCCAAGGCCACUGGCAACUCCACCAGCAACCGUUUGGGACUAUUUGAGAGUGACAACGAAAUGUACAAGCAAUCGGACCUGGACAUCUUCUACCAGACUUAUGCUCCUAGCAUCCCCAAGGGUACCGGCCCGAAGGUUGAUCUCAUCGACUGGAACGGUAAAAAGCCCGACCCCAGCCAGGCUGUAGGCGAGGCUGCGCUUGACUUCGACAUGGCGAUCCCCAUCAUCUACCCCCAGGGAACAGAGCUGUUCCAGUCAAAAGACAACUACGGCUACCAAACCCGUGGAUUCUUCAACGUCUUCCUUGAUGCUAUUGAUGGCGCGUACUGCACAUCUAGCGCUUACGGCGAAACCGGUGACGACCCCAAGGUCGAUGGCACCACCAAGAAUGAAAUGUGUGGCACUUUCAAGCCUACCAAUGUCAUCUCAGUCUCUUACGGUCUGACCGAGGCUACUUGGCCUGUCAACUACCAGAAGAGACAGUGUGAUGAGUUCAUGAAGCUUGGUCUUCAGGGUGUUACCAUCGUCUUCUCUUCUGGUGACGGUGGUGUCGCCGGUGGCCACGGUGGCGACUGCCAAGGUAGCAAUGGCGAGCUUUUCAACCCUGCAUCUCCCAGCUCGUGCCCGUACAUCACAUCUGUUGGUGCUGUAUACAUCCCUGAGGGGAACUCCAUCGAUGACGACGAAGUUGCCACUUCCAGCUUUGCUUCCGGCGGUGGUUUCAGCAACAUCUGGCCGCAGCCUGACUACCAGAAAUCCGCAGUGUCGUCUUGGUUCUCGAAGCACGAUCCUGGCUUCCCCAACUACUCCACUAAGGACGGUGUCAUUCCCAAGAGCGGUGGCAUUUACAACAAGGCCGGUCGUGGUUUCCCCGAUGUUGCCGCCCUCGGUGACAACGGCGCCAUGGUCGUCAACGGUCGCAAGAUACUCAACGGAGGAACCUCCAUGUCUGCCCCUAUCUUUGCUGCCAUCAUCAACAGGAUCAACGAAGAGCGUAUUUCCGCUGACAAGAAGCCCCUCGGUUUCAUCAAUCCCGCCCUGUACAAGAACCCAUCCAUGUUUAACGACAUUACUUCGGGUGACCAGACUGGUGGCAGCGGCAACUGCAAUGGCAAGGGCUUCAAGGCCGCCUCUGGCUGGGACCCCGUGACUGGUCUUGGUACUCCCAAGUAUCCUGAGUUGCUCGCUUACUUCAAGAACCUGGCAUAG